GGGAGGCCUGGGGCCGCUGGCGUGUGCGCUGUCUCGGCCGCCCCCCCUUUCGCCGCCGCCGCCGCCCCGGGCAUGUCGUCCAACUGCACCAGCACCACGGCGGUGGCGGUGGCGCCGCUGAGCGCCAGCAAGACCAAGACCAAGAAGAAGCAUUUUGUGUGCCAGAAAGUGAAGCUAUUCCGGGCCAGCGAGCCGAUUCUCAGCGUCCUGAUGUGGGGGGUGAACCACACGAUCAAUGAGUUGAGCAAUGUCCCUGUUCCUGUCAUGCUGAUGCCAGAUGACUUCAAGGCGUACAGCAAGAUCAAGGUGGAUAAUCAUCUCUUCAAUAAGGAGAACCUCCCCAGCCGCUUCAAGUUUAAGGAGUACUGCCCCAUGGUGUUUCGAAAUCUUCGGGAAAGAUUUGGGAUUGACGAUCAGGAUUACCAGAACUCAGUGACGCGCAGCGCCCCCAUCAACAGUGACAGCCAGGGCCGGUGUGGCACGCGCUUCCUCACCACCUAUGACCGGCGCUUCGUCAUCAAGACCGUUUCCAGUGAGGAUGUGGCAGAGAUGCACAACAUCUUAAAGAAGUACCACCAGUUCAUAGUGGAGUGUCACGGCAACACCCUUUUGCCACAGUUCCUGGGCAUGUACCGCCUGACCGUGGAUGGUGUGGAAACCUACAUGGUGGUCACCAGGAACGUGUUCAGCCAUCGGCUCACUGUACACCGCAAGUAUGACCUCAAGGGUUCUACUGUUGCCAGAGAAGCGAGUGACAAGGAGAAGGCCAAGGACUUGCCGACGUUUAAAGACAACGACUUCCUCAACGAAGGGCAGAAGCUGCGGGUGGGCGAGGAGAGCAAGAAGAACUUCCUGGAGAAGCUGAAGCGGGACGUGGAGUUCCUGGCCCAGCUGAAGAUCAUGGACUACAGUCUGCUGGUGGGCAUCCACGAUGUGGACCGGGCAGAGCAGGAGGAGAUGGAGGUGGAGGAGCGGGCAGAGGACGAGGAGUGUGAGAAUGACGGGGUGGGCAACCUGCUCUGCUCCUACGGCACACCCCCGGACAGCCCCGGCAACCUCCUCAGCUUUCCUCGGUUCUUCGGUCCUGGGGAAUUCGAUCCCUCUGUUGAUGUUUAUGCCAUGAAAAGCCAUGAAAGUUCCCCCAAGAAGGAGGUCUAUUUCAUGGCCAUCAUUGAUAUCCUCACACCAUAUGACGCUAAGAAGAAAGCUGCACAUGCAGCCAAAACAGUGAAACACGGGGCGGGGGCCGAGAUCUCGACUGUGAACCCUGAGCAGUACUCCAAGCGCUUCAACGAGUUCAUGUCCAACAUCCUGACGUAGUGACCUUCUGCCGUCAGCCACAGCCAGAGAAUGAGAUAUGGGGUUGGGGAUCGGAAGGGGGAGAGGGUGUAUUUGGGCUCGAUGGAGGGGUGGGAGCAGAGUGGGGGGCCGGGAGGGCUUUAGCAGUGAGACUGCAGCCUGUGACACUGAAAGGUUCUCGGGAGGGGGAUGUGCUGUGUGCUCAUGCUCACAGGAUGUAGCCUCACCUCCUUCUUACCUUUGAUGCCCCCACCCCAUUUGACCCAGGUUAAAAAGGGGUUUCCUUUUUGUUACCUUGUAGCCUUUUAAAAUACCUUGGGGCUAGAGGUGACUGUGGGUUGAUUUGGGUUUUUCUGAAAUGUCAUUGCCCUAGGUUUGCUAUUUAUAAUGAUGAUGUCAUCACCCUAUCCACCCUCCCUUCCCUGCCCUAGUCCCUUCAAUGACAGGCACCCUGCAGACCCUGCCAAGGGUCCUCUCAGAGCCAAGUGCUCUGACACCAGAGGAGAGGUCAGACGCCUCAUCCCUCUUGGAUUAACUUUUAAUUUUAUGAAGUAUUGUGCACAGCCUCCUUCACCUUUCCUCCUCGGAUCCAAGUGAUGCCUCCACAUAAACGCUGUCCUCCUGAAGGAACACUCCAGACCAACACCGGUCAUUUUGGAUCAGAAUCAAAGACCUCGGAGGGGAGUGAGUUGGUCCUCCUGGCUGGCGAGGGCGGGGGUUGCUGCUGGGCUCUGACUGCUGGUUCUCAGAGCACCCGGGCUCGUCGCUCAGCCGCUGGGCUCUCUGGGCCCCUGGAGUUCAGAUGUCUUCUCGAUAAAGCCUGCCUCCCACUUGGUCAAGAGGAACAAGAAAGGACCUUUGCGCUUAAAUGGUUUUCUUCCCCUUGGAGAAACCCCAGACGCUGAUGAGUAUCACAUGAGGGCCCGUGCCCUCCAUCCACUUACUUCCUUUUGACCUUUUCCCAGGCACCCUCACUGUAGGUGAGCUUUCAGCUGGGGGCACACCUCCAGGUGCCGGGGUGCUUCUUGCUGAGAUUCCUCCUUGGGUCCCAGGGCUGCCAUGCAGGUGACCUGACUCCCCGUGCCUGUGUUUGUCCCUGGAUGUCACGGCCAGCAGGGAGUGACGCCUCCCACCGUGGAUGUGGCGCCCAAGCCUGAUCGUUUCUGGAUCGCUUGAGGAUGUGACCGCGGAAUCCAGUGCGGAGGCUGGAGGUGGGAUUGGAUUUGGAUCCAUCUUCGGUGCCCCAUCUAGAUUUUAACAGAUCUGCCACCUACAGGCGUCCCGAGGAAUGGCAUCCUCGGCCUCCUUCAGGAUCUCCACCCGCCUUCUGAGCCUUGCUAUCCAGGCCUCAGAAUCGAGCUGUGUCAUUCUGUGGUGACAUCAGAGCCGUCUGGUCUGGCUAGGGGAGAACACAGCCCUGUGCUGGAGGAGGUACAUUCCCACACCUUCUCAACCCCUCAUCAGGAACGGGAUUUAGGAUGAGAGAUGUUAAAACAUGUAGGUAACCCCACAGAUUCGAAGGAAGUUUGUGGAAGCAUUUUGAAUGAAUGGAUUGGUUUCCUAUGGUUCCUUCCACACUUGGCCAAGCUCAGCCUCUGGAGCAGGAACCAUCACCGUCUCUGCCCUGCCUGCAGCAUUUAGGUCAGGAGGGAGUGGAGACAGCAUUCUUGGACUCCUCUGGGGCCGGGGACCCCUCUGGAAGCAGCAGAUGGGUCAGACAACUGCCCGGGCCCCAGGAAGGGGCCAUAGGUAACUCUAAACAUCAGCAGUAAGACCAUGAAGGGACUCGAGGAAGGACUUGAAACCCAAUGGCACGUGGAAAAAAACUGACUUAGGAAGGGAUCAUAGGAAUAAGGUUUGGACUUGAUUUCCCCACCUUCUAAUCAAGAAUAGAAAUUUGGAUCUGCUCAUAGGCCCAGCAUCUCCAAAGGUUGGCAGGCUGUCUCCCAGCAGCCUCCGUAGCCUCGGGCUCCCACUGGCUCCCUGCAUUUGGUCUGAUCAUGUUGCCAUGAUGUGUAUGAAUCAUGUAAUAAUCCUAUCAGUGAAAGAUGAGCUACCAAGUAUGACUUGUUUAACAUUGAGUUUUUGUGAUUUUGUGCGGUUUAUUUUUUGUAUAUUGUUUACAUUUUGAGAGGUAGCAUCCUAUUGCAAAUGCUCUUUUGUGUUUCUGACAGUGUUGUUGAUUGGGUCGGAACAUUUAAGGUGUGGUUUGGUGAAUUGUAGAUUUUUUUUUUAAAGGUCAUUCUGUGCUAUUUUCAAAACCUUGGGUUUGGCCCUCUAAUUCUUUUGGCAUUCAAAUGUUUAAAAGCUAUUUAUCUUGGUUUAUGCAAGUUUUCUUUCUCUUCUUUUUAUAAUGAUGAAGAUAUAUUUGGUUUGCAGUCUGAAUGUAGAGAAAGUGAACUGAUCCCCAAGCUUUUGUCUGUCCCCACUUUUCUUCCCCAAAUCCCACCGUUCCCCUCUGAGCAGAAGGCAUCUGGGGGGGAUGUAACCACCCUCAACCUCACUCUUUGGAGCUUUGAAACUCACCUGCCUUACGGCAUCCUAGAGUAGUUUUGGGCCUCCCAAGAGCAAAGGUGGAAGAAUAGGACAUGGCUGACUGGGUGAGGCCUGGAGGGCAGGACUUGUAUCCCAGUCUCCCAUCCUGCACCUGUUCUGAACCUCUACAGCUAAGAGACUAGUCUCCAGGUUUCCCAGCCAAAGCGAGGGGUUGUCUGAAAGCUCCACUGAGACUACUAGAUGAAGACCUCUGGCCCUUGUUCCUGAACCACUGAGUCUUACCCUCCCGGUGGGCGCUCCUCCCCAUGCCCCGCAGGGGGAGUAGCGGGAGGGUUGGGAAGCCCGCAGGUCCAGGAGCACAGCUGAAGCAGUGCUCCAUCGAUCCUCAUCUUGCUCAGGAGCUACUGGCCUGUGGCUAUUCUCAGAGGCACUCCCCAAGUUCCCAUCACAGGCAGCUCUUCCUGCUUCACUUGUUCCUCUUGCCUGUGCGUUAGGCCUCAAGCAGGCCCCCUGGGAGUACUCAGGCCUGGGGACUGCAGACUCCUGCCCGAGCGCUUUCCCUUCUUCACAGACUGCCAGGAUGUGCCCUGGGGAGGUGAACCAAAGACCCAGGACUUUUCUCAGUAGCCAGUUCCACCCCCUAGUCGUCUUUUUACCAGUUCAAGUUGGGAGGAAGACCAGCACUCCCCAGCAUUCGAGCUACUAGAAGGUUAGGGGCUGGGAGUGUUUCAACAACCCUUAGAGCUCUGGCUUCCCUCAGCACAGGGACCUCACCUCUUUCUGUCAGAAAUGUGUGGAGGGGGAGUCCACUCUAAGCACAGGAAUCAAAGGGAAAACAUUCAAGUAACUGCCCCUCAAUGUACCAGCCAUCUGCACGGUCUGGAGGGGCAGGGACAUGGCCCUCCCCUCCCUGAGAUGCGCCACUCAUGAGGGUGCCUCCAAAGGGAAGAGACUGGCUUUCCCAGCGGGUUGUGCUGAGAUCCUCGGAGGCUGGAGAGGAAUCUUCUGGAGGAGCCCCUUCCUCUUGCUCAGGAGGAAGUAGGAACCAACCACCUUUGGGGGAAGGCCUGGUGCUGCUCAGCACACCCAAGCACCAGGUCAGGUCAUUGUAAUAAAAAAUGUGAAUUAAGUAUAGAUUCAAUUUCGGGGGGAGGAGGAUAAACUAUCACCCCACCAUAUGUGUGUGACCUCCAUUUCCCACUGCGAUUUCCAUUUUUUAAAUAGGAAUUUUCAGCCCCUUGUGCUUGUCUAAUGUCUGCUCGGAACAGUUCGAGACCCUGUUACUGUUUUAAAAUGCAUGCGUGUUACGAUGAAUCUUCAACCCAAGGAAAAUAAAACUUAAAAAGCUUUGUGUA